AUGCCUAACAACUUGACUCUUGCGCAUGCGCGACUCGAAAAUUUGAAGAGGAAGUUAGCACGAGAUCAGUGGAGACACGUAGAUACGGCUUCCAAUCCAGCAGACGUCGCUUCUAGAGGAAUGCAUGCCAGUGAUUUUAAGACAAUGAAAUUUUGGAUGCAUGGACCUGAAUUCCUUCAAAAAGAUGAAAGCCAUUGGCCAAGCCACCUAACUAAACCUGAAUUAGACGACGACGACACUGAGCUGAAAAAAGAGGUUGUCGUCAACACAACUAGUGCAGUUGAAUCCAUUCAAAGUAUUGUAGAUAGAUUCUCCAGUUGGACGAAGCUGAGAAGGGCCGUUGCUUGGUUACUAAGAUAUAAGGCAUACUGCAGACGUAAACACUUAAACCACACCUUGGGGCUGAGUGAAGGUGAUUUAAGCACUAAUGAACUCAACAUGGCGGAACAUACCAUAUUAGCGUUGGUUCAACGUACGUCGUUUACCGAUGAGAGAAUAUGUCUACAAAAUGGGAAUUCUGUAAGAAAAGACAGUUGUUUAGCAUCUUUGAACCCGAUUAUACACAAUGACCUGAUCAGAGUACAAGGACGCUUACAAUGCGAAUAUCCAAGCAAAUAUCCAGUCGUACUACCUAGCAAACACCAUGUAACAAAACUAAUAAUAAAACAUAUCCACGAACAUAAUGGUCAUGUUGGAAAAGAGCAUGUACUUUCUAUGUCACGUGAGAAAUAUUGGAUUCUACACGGACCUAACGCAGUGAAGAGUAUUUUGAGAUGUUGCAUCCCAUGCAGACGACAAAAUGCACAGUUAAUGACCCAACAGAUUGCGCCCUUGCUUGACGAGCAGACGACACCGGAUAUGCCACCAUUUUCCCAUAUUGGAAUCGAUUAUUUCGGACCAAUUAUUGUGAAGACAGCUCGUGCACGAGAAAAGCGUUAUGGUUGUAUUUUCACGUGCCUAACAUCGCGUGCGGUACAUUUUGAAAUUGCUCACAGUCUAUCUGCUGAUUCCUUCAUAUCUGCCUUUCAACGCUUUCAAAGUCGACGUGGACGCCCACGGAAAGUCUUCAGUGAUAAUGGAACCAAUCUUGUUGGAGGUGAAACUGAACUACGAAAAUCAUUGCAACUAUGGAACCAGUCAAAACUCAGUGGAUUUUUUGCUCAGAACGACAUUGAAUGGCAUUUCAACCCUCCGAACGCAAGCCAUAUGGGAGGAGCAUGGAAACGUUUAAUUCGUUCUGCUAGAGUUAUAUUGAAAUCUCUCGUCCGAGAACAACUACUUAACGACGAGCAGCUGCUUACAUUAAUGGCUGAAACAGAGAAAAUACUAAAUGACAGACCUUUGACACCCGUUAGCAGUGAUCCCAGAGACCCACCAGCAUUAACGCCGAGUAUGCUACUGCUAAUGAAAUCAAACCAGUGCUUACCUGUUGGUAUAUUUAAGAAGCAAGAUAUAUACGCAAAACGGUGGUGGAGACAAGUGCAGUAUCUCGCAGAUGUCUUUUGGAAACGAUGGUUGAGAGAAUACUUACCACUACUUCAGAAACGUCAGAAAUGGCAACGUAAAACUGUAAACCUGAAGAAAGAUGAUGUAGUUCUUGUUGCCGUUGACAACGUUCCCAGAGGACAGUGGCCACUAGCCCGAGUGGUUGACGUGAAUCUUGGUAGAGAUGGCCUAGUUAGAAGCUGUGUGAUCAGAACUAAAUCAGGUCAAUUAAUUAGGCCAGUUACUAAACUGUGUCUUCUUGAGGCUUCAAUGUAA